GUGAUUAGAGACAUUUGUAGGGUCCCUUGGAACAGCGACUUGUGAUUGGACUGUGUCCAAUUGCCCCGUGUCCAACUGAUAUACACCCGAACAUGUCAUUGUUGUCGACAAGAAAGGACGUGCUACAAUGAGAAUGAAGGAAAUAGAAGGAAAUACACAGAAAAACGCAUCAUUAGAGACUAGCAAUGAGUCUAUUCCAUACUUAGCAGACAUCAUGGAUGAGAUGCUCAUCGAUGCCGUAGAGCGGAGACAAGGUUUAUGGAAUCAAAAGUUGCCAAUUCAAAAGCGAAACCCAAGUGUACGAGAAGAGUUAUGGGAUGAAGUGUUUAAUAAUCUUGGUUUUAAGGAUGUAACCUGGCUAAAAUCUCGAUGGACAUACUUGAGAGACUGCUAUUCAAAAGCCCGCAAAAAAGUUAAAGGUUACGUACGCAGUGGAUCAGAUGCAACAGCAAGACAUCCACAGAAAAGUACAUUCCGCUUUUAUGCAAGAAUGCAAUUUUUAGACGAAGCUGCACAAGAAACCCCUACAACGAGCUCUUUACCACGAAACAUGUGUCGCGAAGAAAAUAGCGUAUUUAAUAUAAACGAUUUGGAAUCCCAAGAAUGUAAUUCGUUUUCUUCAAGAAAUUCAAGCACGCCAGAUAUUCCCGAAAGAUCAGAAAGUUUAGCCGAUGACAGACCAACAAAAAGAAAACAAAAAGCAAGAAACUAUGAUCCAGAUGUACAGUCAUUGCAUAAUAACAUAUUGCAACAGUUACUCUCUGAAAAUAUGCCACAGAAGGAUGCAGUAGACAGUUUCCUGGAGCAAGUAGAAGAUAUCCUACGUAGAUUGAGUUACCUUCGAAGAAGGCAUUUACAAGUAGAGCUGCUGCGUCUUGUUCAUAAGGCAGAAGACGAAGAAUUAGCGGAGGCGGAACUUCAAAGACGUUAA